AUGGGUUCUAAGAAUGCUUGUGUUUGUGUUCUCCUCCUACUCCUCCUGAUAACAACAUUGGUGCUCUCAACACAUGCAAAAAAUGAUAUUCAAGAUUGCCCACCACCUCCAGCUAGACCAACUGGUAGUGGACCUUUGGUUUGCCCUAAAGAUACACUGCAACUAGGAGCUUGUGUGGACAUAUUGAAGCUGGUCCACGUAGUGGUUGGGGAUCCAAAGCAGCACAGGUGUUGCAGCGUUCUAGGAGAUUUCAUAGAGCUGGAUGCAGCUGUAUGUCUCUGCACUGCAGUAAAGGCAAACAUACUGGGCCUCGACAUUAGCAUUCCUGUUGCUCUCAAUCUUCUCAUAACUUGUGGGAAGCAGGUUCCUUCAAGCUUCGUUUGUGCCUGA